AUGAAACUGGAUGGAAAUUUAGAAGGUGGAAAACUUCCUCUUAUGAUCUCUCCGUCAUGGAAUGAGGUAUUGGAAAGGACACAACAGGAUACAGCUAUAUGGCGAGGCGUGUUGCCGUCGUCGUCCUUAUUAUUGAUGUUGGCGCCAGCAGCGAUGAGAAACAGCUCGCACAACCUCGUCAGCCGCGAGCUGGACUGGCGUCUUUCACAUGAUGAUGGUAGCUUUCUGUGGAUGAUUUGUGAUAUUAAGAUGAUACUCUCUGCUGGGGCAGGUAAUCGACAGGAAUGUAGUUCUACUGGUCUUUGGUGUGAGAGGAUACAUGGAGGACUACAAUGGGCGAGCUCUAAAGGAUUUUUUACUGGAGAUGUCAGAGAGCUUAGUGACCGACAGGGUGGGUCGCAAGUAAUUUGCGAGAAGUUUGUAAAGAGCGAAAUACAAGAAGCUAUGGUGGAGCAUGAAAAGAAAGUUCCACCUACGCUUCUGGAAAGUUUGCCUAUAGUCGGUUCAUCUGUGAAUUUCAAUUUUAACAACUUAUUCGGAGAUACUGUCAUGGUGCGCACCGUGUGUACAACUAAAACGACGAGAGCGUGUAGAUCUGGCCCGCCUGAUGGUGCGUUACGAAGUGCGAGGAGAAGGACAAAAAGAGUGAGAGCUUUGAGUGGUGGCAGCGACGGUAAUUCUCUUCCGAGUGAGGUGAUUACACCAUCGCCAUCUGCAAUGGGUCGCGGCAUUUUACGAGGUCGAUGCAUCAGCGGCCCAUGCAGGAAGCGAGGAAGUGGUGUGCGAAGGAGGAGGAGAGCGACGGAAGGCGAAAGGAAGAAGUACCGCGUCGAGCGCUCACGCAUGAGGAAAUGUUUUGUGACGGUGUUGAAGAUUCCUCAUUUCCGAGGUGUGUUUAUGCGAGACGAGCUGCCCCGAAAACCUAGGGCGGAGCGUGAGUGCGGCGACGUCAAUCUCGAUGACGUCAGCGGCGACGGUACUCAUUUCGUCGCUUACAGAUUAUCAGUGAUCAGUGAUACAAUGAUGGAAGAAAGUGAUGGUGGAUCAACUAUUUGUGUUGCAACAUUUGAAAGGAAGGGAUUGGCCAUCUUCAAACACUUGAGUGCUAUUGUACAACUUGCAAACACGUCUUGGUUAAAGGCUCGGAAAGUUGAGACUGAGCGUUUCCUUCGAAAGCGGGGCGGGGCUUGCUCAACGCUGCUCGCAGCGAUAGAUCAGGAUUUUAAUGAGCAUCCGGGCGCAGCGCGCGCCAGCGUUAUCAACCGCGACAUCCGGUCGCUGGCGCUGAGAGUCCCCUCUCACACUGCAAAAAAUUAG